CUUAGCGUUAUUGGAGCUAUCUGAGCACGUGCACUCCCUCAGGUACUGCUCUGGUGGCUGCAGGCGACCCGAAAGGCCUUCUUGCCAAUACUCCAGAGCGGGCUUGAGGGGCGUCGAUGGCGGAGGCCGCAGCUGAUAGUGGGGGUAACGGCGAUUCCGGAGUCAGUGCGGCCGAGCGGGGAGUGGCACCCAUUAAAACGCAAUACUGUACCACCAAGGAACGCUUCCACGAAUAUCUGGUUGCAAACAAGCAGGUCAGCCAGGAAACUGGGACAAGAGACCCUGAUGGCAGUGAGCCAGCCGAGCCCGAGGCCAAGAAGAUCCGCCUGGAAGAAAAACAGGAGGAAAAUGGGGAGACCCAGGGGGCAGCUGAGCAACCACACGCCCCCAAGAGGGCCCGGGGCCAGAACAAGAGCCGGCCCCACGUGAAACCCACACACUACGACAAGGACAGGCUCUGCCCAUCCCUGGUCCAGGAUUCAGCCUCUGCCUGUGUGUUUGGUGACCGCUGCCGCUUCCUGCAUGAUGUGGGCCGCUACCUGGAGAGCAAGCCGGCUGACCUGGGACCCCGCUGUGUACUCUUUGACACCUUUGGCAAGUGUCCCUACGGUGUGACCUGUCGCUUUGCAGGGACGCACCUGGGACCUGAGGGUCAGAACCUGGUGCAGGAAGAGCUGGUGGCCCAUUGCACACUCCUCCCGCGUGUGCGCAAUGGCCUGGAUCGAGCACUGCAGCAGCAGUUGCGGAAGCGACAGGUACCCUUUGAGCGAGCUGAACAGGCCCUGCGCCACCUGGCCACCCCAGAGCAGAACAGCUGUGACACCCAACCAGACCUCGCAGGACAUGGGGCUGGUAUCCCGCCCAGCAGCCCGGUGCCCACCUGUGGACCUUUGACUGACGAGGAUGUGAUCCGAAUGCGGCCGUCGGAGAAGAAACGGUUGGACAUCAGCGGGAAGCUGUAUCUGGCUCCGCUCACCACGUGUGGGAACCUGCCGUUCCGACGCAUCUGCAAGCGUUUCGGUGCCGACGUGACAUGUGGGGAGAUGGCCGUGUGCACCAACCUGCUACAGGGACAGAUGUCUGAGUGGGCCCUCCUGAAGAGACACCCCAGCGAGGACAUCUUUGGGGUUCAGCUAGAGGGCGCCUUCCCGGACACAAUGACGAAGUGUGCGGAACUCCUGAACCGCACAAUUGAUGUGGACUUUGUGGACAUCAAUGUGGGCUGCCCCAUCGACCUGGUGUAUAAGAAGGGUGGUGGCUGUGCACUCAUGAACCGCUCAACCAAGUUCCAGCAGAUUGUUCGGGGCGUGAAUGAGGUGCUGGAUGUACCUCUGACUGUGAAGAUGCGUACAGGUGUCCAGGAGCGUGUGAGCCUGGCACACCGCCUGCUGCCUGAGCUCCGGGACUGGGGUGUUGCUCUGGUCACGCUCCAUGGUCGCUCUCGGGAACAGCGCUACACCAGGCUGGCCGACUGGCCCUACAUUGAGCAGUGCGCCAAGGUGGCCAGCCCCAUGCCUCUCUUUGGAAAUGGGGACAUCUUGUCCUUUGAGGAUGCCAACCGUGCUAUGCAGACUGGGGUUGCAGGUGUCAUGAUUGCCCGUGGCGCCUUGCUAAAGCCCUGGCUGUUUACGGAGAUCAAAGAACAGAGACACUGGGACAUCUCAUCAACUGAACGCCUGGACAUCCUGAAGGACUUCACCCACUAUGGCCUGGAGCACUGGGGCUCUGACACGCAGGGUGUGGAGCGUACCCGGCGCUUUCUUCUAGAGUGGCUCUCCUUCCUGUGCAGGUAUGUGCCUGUGGGCCUACUGGAGAGACUCCCUCAGAGGAUCAAUGAGCGGCCACCUUACUACUUGGGCCGGGACCACCUGGAGACACUCAUGGCCAGCCAGCAGGCUGCAGACUGGAUUCGAAUCAGUGAGAUGCUGCUUGGACCAGUUCCACCGGGCUUUGUCUUCCUGCCCAAGCACAAGGCCAACGCCUACAAGUAGCAACGAAGACAAUAAAUUCUAUUCUUUUACAA